GAGGCGGGCUAUGAGGACGGGGAGGAGGAGGAUUCUAUGCGGCCUGGCGGACUGUUUCUGGUCAUGGAGAAGGGAAUGUAACGCUACGAGAUAUUUACUCCCGGUUGGACGCGUUAUUACGACCAUCAGUGGCGGGGAGCCCCCACAAAGGCGCCGUCUCAUGAAAGGAUAAAAGCUCUUGACUAGAACUCGAUUCACCAGGAAGAAGACAAACCGGAACCGAGGAAAGAAGCAGGAAAUCUUUGUGAGUGGCCAUGGCCUACUCCAACUACAGCAACCUGAACAGAGCUCAACUCACCUUCGAGUACCUGCACACUAACUCGACAACCCAUGAGUUCUUAUUUGGAGCCUUGGCGGAGCUUGUCGACAAUUCAAGAGAUGCUGAUGCCACACGAAUAGACAUCUACACAGAAAACAGGCCGGAGCUGCGGGGCGGCUACCUGCUCUGUUUUCUGGAUGAUGGUAUUGGAAUGGACCCCAAUGAGGCAACCCAUGUGAUUCAAUUCGGGAAGUCAAGCAAACGGUCACCUGUGUCCACUCAGAUCGGGCAGUAUGGAAAUGGACUGAAAUCUGGCUCUAUGCGAAUCGGCAAAGACUUCAUUUUGUUCACGAAAAAAGGCAACACGCUGACUUGCCUUUUCCUGUCGAGGACUUUCCAUGAAGAAGAGGGACUGGAUGAGGUGAUAGUGCCCCUCCCUUCCUGGGAUCUAACAACGAAGCAGCCGCUGACCUCUGAUCCGGAGAAGUACGGCAUAGAGACCGACCUGAUCUUUAAAUACUCUCCUUUUAAAAAUGAACAGCAGCUGAUGGAGCAGUUCAACAAAAUAGAAAGCAGCAGUGGCACUCUUGUGAUCAUCUAUAAUCUGAAGCUGAUGGACAACAGAGAACCAGAGCUGGAUGCAGAGACCGAUCACCAAGACAUACUGAUGGCUGGGACGCCUGCUGAAGGAGGGAAGCCGGAGAAGAGGUCCUUCAGGGCCUACGCUGCUGUUUUGUACAUCGACCCACGCAUGAGGAUUUUUAUCCAGGGACACAAAGUCAGGACCAAAAGACUGUCCUGCUGUCUCUAUAAACCAAGGGUUUAUAAAUACUCAUCAACUCGUUUUAAAACUCGUGCUGAGCAAGAAGUAAAGAAAGCUGAUCACCUCGCUAAGAUUGCGGAGGAAAAGGCCAGAGAGGGGGAGAGUAAGCGCAUUGCACUGGAGACCAGAUUAGGAGAGGACCUGUCGAAAGAUUCACGGGCAAUUCUGAGAAAGGUUCAGGAUUCAGCCAUGAUGCUUCGACGUGAUGCUGACAUGAAGAAAAGGAUUCUCGAAGCCAAACAGAAAGCACUAAAGGAGCCCAAGGAGUUGAAUUUUAUAUUUGGUGUAAACAUCGAACUGAGGGACCUGGAUGGGAUGUUUGUGUACAACUGCUCUCGUCUCAUCAAGAUGUACGAGAAGACAGGGCCACAGCUGGAGGGAGGAAUGGCGUGUGGAGGUGUCGUUGGCGUAGUGGAUGUCCCAUAUUUAGUUCUAGAGCCUACGCACAACAAGCAGGACUUUGCAGAUGCUAAGGAAUAUCGACAUUUACUGAAAUCCAUGGGGGAACAUUUAGCUCAGUACUGGAAGGACUCGAAUAUUGCCCAGAAAGGUAUAGUGAAGUUUUGGGAUGAGUUUGGAUAUCUCUCUGCCAGCUGGUCUGCACCGCCUUCCUCAGAGCAAAGAUACAAGAGACGUCGGGCCAUGGAGAUACCACUAACUAUUCAGUGUGAUAAAUGUUUAAAGUGGAGAACGCUGCCAUUCCAGAUGAACGCUGUGGACAAACGAUACCCAGACAGUUGGUUGUGUCUCAUGAACCCUGACGGCGCUCAGGACAGGUGUGAUGCUCCCGAACAGAAACAGAAUGUGCCAUGUGGUAUUCUGAAAAAAGAAAAGCUGACAGUUGAAGGCAAGCAAAAAGAGCUGGCAGAGAAAAUUAAACAGCAGCAGGAUAAACUCGAAGCCUUGCAGAAAACCGGCACCAUCAAGUCUGCAGUUGAUGUGAAAAAGCUACCGAUGGAGGUCAGCAUGAAACCAACAGAGGGCUCCUCUCAGGCAACGAGAUCUUCUGAGAGAUCCACAACACGGCCGCGCUCUCCACCACUCCCGGCUCACCUCAAAAAUGCCCCAAGUACCCCUGUAGCUCGUGCUUCUUCUCAGCGCCCCACCCGGAUAUCUGCUGCUCCUCCAGUGCCACCGAAAGUUGAGUCACCAAGGUCCCGAGUUGCAGGGAAGUCUCCGCCAACUGCUGCAAAGCCUGCAGCAAAAGCUGCAGCAAAGCCUGCACCCAAAGCUACUGCCAAAACACCUCCACCAACCCGCAGCUCAAGGACAUCUGCCAAAGCAUCCUCUGCCAAAGCACGCCCUGCUGGACAACGCAAGAGAAUUAUAGAGCAGGAGGACAGUGAGGAUGAGGAUGAGGAGGAGGAGGAAGAGGAGGAAGAAGAAGAAGAGGAGGCCAGUGAGGAGGAUGAACCACAAACAAAGAAAUCCAAGAUGGCGGCAGCAGCUAAUAACUACGGGAAAGUUGUGGAGAAGACCCCACUUCCCAAACGUGGCAAAGUGGACGAGGUUAAAAUACAGCCCCAAGCUGAGAAGAAAGGGGUGUCUACCCCCACACGGCAGACACCGACCACAUCAACAUCUGCUCCUAAAACCAUUAGCACACAACAGCAUGGUGCUAAAGCCAAGGCAUCUGAGAAGACGCCUCAACCAGAAUCAGAGAACGACAUCAAAAAUCCUCAGAAAGAUAAGGGUCUCCUGGUUGAAGUACGGGUCAGUAAGGAGUGGUACACGGGCAAAGUCAUCGCUGUGGAGACAAAUAAACAGAGUGUUCGUUGGAAAGUGAAGUUUGACUACGUACCUCGAUCCACCCCAAAAGACCGAUGGGUGUUCAAGGGAAGUGAUGAUGUCCGGUUGAUGAGGCCGCCAUCUCCAAACUCUCAGACUCCCGACACCCAACAGGAGACCGACAGGGGGCCGGCACCCAUGGAACCAGACACGACACAGCCAGGAACCAGUCGAGAGGUGACAGACAGCCUGGUCACCAUGUUGAGGACUAUGCUGCGGUACUUUUUCCCUCCAGCUUUCCGGAUUCCAAAGGAUGAUGUCAACACCAUGACUGCUGAUGAGUUGGUGGCUUUUCCUUUGAAAGAAUAUUUCCAGCAGUAUGAAUCUGGUCUCCAGUCAUUGUGUAACUCAUACCAGAGCAGGGCUGAUGCCAGGGCCAAAGCUGUGGAAGAGAAGAGCAACAGCGCGGAGAUCAAACUGAAGGAAGGAGACGAGAAACUCCAGAAACUUCGAACAAACAUUGUAGCACUUCUGCAGAAAGUGCAAGAGGACAUCGACAUAAACACAGAUGACGAGCUCGAUGCAUACAUAGAGGACCUUCUCACUAAGGGUGAUUAAAGAAAAGAGAAAUAUAAGAGAAGAGGACAUGCACAUAAACAGUUUCGCUUCAAUCAUUACUUGUUGACAUGUCCCGGAGAACUCCUGCUCAUGUGCAGAAUUGGUUGUGAAUAUUUAGGGACAUUUUCAUUGUUGAUCCUUACACACAUUGAAUCAGACUGUCAUGACCUUUUUGAUUUUGAUCGUUUCAGUGUUAAGGCAGCACCAGCAUGCUCAUUGAGUUCGGUCAGGGUCUUUGGUGAUACGACAUUGUUGGGUAGCCCUCUGGCUUGUGGUUUUCAUUUUAGUCCUUUUUAUAUACUAUAUACUGCUUAUAUACUGUAUGUUACACUAUGUUUAAGCCAUCGUGUCCUGAUUGACCUUUGAAAUAAGUUGUGUCGGUUAAAUAGAGUUUAUGCUCCAUUUAUAUAGUCAUCUGCAUCAUUCAACUGCAGACUAUAUUAGUUUCUCAUUUUGGUCUAUUGUCAGGUGAGAAUUGGAGGUCACUAAAGAGUUGGGUUUGUAUAGGUUGUGCUCCACAAUACAACCAUUACUUAAAUGUUAACUUUUAUUUUUGUACACUAAAAACACACCAGUGUUGCCCAUCAAACUUCCUCCAUCAUGGUCUGUGUGUCAAGAAAACCAGGUAAAUCUUUUAUGACUGGGUGACGAACCACACCCACCAACAACAUCUACUUACUGGGUUUUAUCAGUAGGAGUAUUCCCUUAAAUCCCCCAUGCAUUCAAGCUAAGACUGUAAGGUGUUUAUUUUGAAGGGGGAAAAGUAUUUUAGUUUAAUGCAAAAGUUGUUGUGUGUUCAUAAUUAAUUAGUGCCUGUGUUCUUUCUUUCCAACAGUUUUUUAACAUGUCAUGGAAAUGUUUUAUUAAACGGUGCAUGCUUUCAGUCUUUUUGUUCUGAUUGGAACAAAUAAUUCUGUAUUUUUGACAAAUCUUUACUUAAAACAAUAAAACUGGUUCAGCAACACCUUUUA